UAGAAUAAUGUUGCCAGAAUAAAAAUUAAAAAAGAAUAUAUAUUUUUGUUACUAGAAAAAUAAAUAAUAUCGAAAAUUUACUAAAUUGUCCAGUCAAAUGGCGUUGCCAGACCGUUUUGCCAUUAAUCGAUUUGUUUAUAUUUACAUAUGCGCAUCCAAGCUUUAUCCAGGCGUUUUUAAUGUCGUGUUGCAUUGAAUACAGCGCCUUAAUACUUGAUGUAAUAAGAAAUAUGAAACCCGUUUUAACCUGGCGGCAAUUUAAUUGAAUGUCUCUUCAUCGCACAAAAAAGGAAUACAAACAUAUACAUACGUUGCUGGCAGCUUUAGUUGUUGAGUCAUCAUCAUCGUCAAAUAAAAAAAAAACAAACAGAAGAGUUACAGCACCUCUGGAAGUUGCGACGAAGAUAGCUAGACCGCAGACAUAUUUUGCGUGAGUCUACUGCCACUUCAUCAGCUAAAGCUACAGGUAAACGGUUUUCCUGUGGCUGUGUAACUAGUUGUCGAGUGACUUCAAAUGGAAGAAUACAAAUUCCUAUUUAAAAUUGUACUCGUGGGCAACGCGGGCGUUGGCAAGACAUGCCUGGUUCGACGCUUCACGCAGGGCCUUUUUCCACCUGGACAAGGCGCCACUAUUGGCGUGGACUUUAUGAUCAAAACCGUGGAAGUGGAGGGCGAAAAAAUUAAGCUGCAAAUCUGGGAUACAGCCGGGCAAGAACGCUUUCGCUCCAUCACACAAAGUUACUACAGAUCAGCGCACGCGCUUAUACUGGUCUAUGAUAUUAGCUGUCAGCCCACCUUCGACUGUUUACCGGACUGGCUGCGCGAGAUUCAGGAGUAUGCCAACUCAAAAGUGCUAAAGAUUCUAGUGGGCAACAAGACAGAUCGCGACGAUCGAGAGAUACCCACUCAGAUAGGCGAGGAGUUUGCAAAGCAACAUGAUAUGUACUUUCUUGAAACGUCUGCGAAAGAGGCGGAGAACGUUGAGCGUCUCUUCUAUGAGAUUGCCGCUGAACUAAUUGGACAAGCGCGGAGCAAGAAUGGCAGUAGUGCCGCAGCAGCAGCUGCUGCCCAUCGUCAAUCGGAUGGCAACAGUUCCAUUGGCCUGGGCAGCUUCAGUGUCAAAGCAGCACAAAGCAACUGCUGCGGGGGCUCAAAUAGCUCAUCAAAUAACAGCAGCUGUGGCGAUAACAACACUAGUCAAGCCGGCUGAAACGAAAACGCAGUUUCUGUUUCAGCACUCAUACGAAACUGGUAGCUUCAAAUGAGAUACUUCAUGACUCUGGAUGCUAAAUAUUUGUGUUAAAAACUCCUUUGGAUGUAGUAGUCUUAGUAUGCCCAUGAUUUUCUUAGUUUGGUAAAACAGACAGAUCUGCAUUGUGAACAUCACAAUUUAUGCUUUAGUUUUAAACGUAUUAAAACCAGACUGCACAUUUUGUAUAUUACUUUAAGGUAUUACUAUUGUAUAUUGUAUACACUUUGUUCACUUUUUUAUUUUUAAUUACAAAUAUGUAUUUAUUAUUUUAAUAUCUCCAGAAAAAAUUGAUUAUUGUAUGUUUUGACUUGGCGUACUAGUUAAUAAAACUGAUGGCGAUUUUAUGACAUUCCAAAAAUUACAUUUAGUUCAAUAUGUG